AUGACCCCCAACCCUGAAUUCACAUCCUGCGAUUUUUACAUGGCCUACGCCGACGAACACGACCUGAUGGUAAUAACCGAGACACUGGUCUCAGGAAUGGUAAAAAGCAUUCAUGGAAUCCACAAGUUAGUCUACCACCCAGACCGUCCGCAAGGCGAAGGUGUAAAAAUAGACUUCACUCCCCCGAGACAACUGCCAGUGAUAAAAAUCCUGGAAGAGAAACUGGGCGUCAAGUUUCCGGAUCUUGAAGAAUUAAACUCCGAGGAAGCCAACAAAUUCCUGAAUGAUUUGGGCAUCAGGCAUAACGUCGAGUGUCCUUCACCGACAGCCACCGCACGUUUGUUAGGCACGUUUGAUAGUCAAUUUGUUUUGAUAAGUAUUUCGACUGCAUUCAAAAAUACUCUAUCUGUAGAUACACAAUUGAGAAAUUACCUUGUAACUUGA